AUGAGAAUAAUUAGGCCCACUCAUGUUUAUAUUAAAAGGGUUGUGGCUGUCAAGAGCCCUCACAAGCUCAAUGGUUUGAUGAAGAAGUUGGCAGUAGCCCAUCUCGGAAAGAGUUGCGCAAUUAAAGAUUUGCUGAAUGUGCAGAGAGAUGAAGGGGCUUUAGAUGUAUGCAAGGGAGCAUUAUUGGAUCUUUCAUUAUAUACGGAUACACAGGUUGCCCAUGCAACCAGCUUUUUUGUGCAUCUGGUCACUUGCGGCUUGUGGCGAUCACAUCCACAUGUGCACAGGCUUUUGAGCAUUUCAAUGUCUCAGAGUGGAAGUAACAUUAAUCAGAGGUUGAUUCUUGAGGCCAUGAAGGCGUGCAAUGUGGUCCUCUCUACUAAAGGUUUACCUGGGAGUGGUACCCUAGAGACCAUCGGGGAGUAUAUCGAGACUAUGCUAGAAAGGGUGGAAUCUCCGUGUGCUGAUUUUGCAGAGGUCCUAUACAGUUUAAAGGUAAAAAAUGCACGAUUUACAGACUUGUUAGUGAGGGAACUCAAGGAAUCUGCAGUUUACAUGGACAACUCCAGACUUGUUGGAAUUCUGGGAUAUCUCCUGCAUGCAGACUGUCAUCCCAGGGAACCCAUUUAUGAUGCCAUAAACAUUCUAUCAGAGUGUAAAGAUUGGAACAUUUUGCUGCGGGUGAUUGACCUCUUGUGGACUUUUAAGGUGGAUCAUGUUGGAUUUAUUGAACACGUGGUAAACAUGUGCAUAGAUGAAGAUGGCUCAGGUUCACCCAUGGACUAUUUGGAUACAAGAGACAUUUGCAUGAUAUUUGAUGUAAUGGGAGCAUUGGGAUAUGCGCAGGGUAAACUUGCAAAUGCAUUUUUUUCGAGGUAUGGACAUGAAUCUUGGAAGAAUGACUCUGCCUGCAAGAUAUAUAGGAGUACGAAAUAUUGUACGUCUCUAGAUCUUUUGGCUCUUUUGCAAGCUCUAGGAGAGUCUGAUUCCACACUGGUGAAUUUAGAUGCAUGGCGUAAUACCCUGUUGGUGAACCUUACCCUCCGCUUAAAAAGGAUUGAAAGGCACGGGAAAAGGUACGAUGCAUCUGUAUUCACACGUUUAUUCUCUCUACUCUCGAGGAUGGAGCCUAGACAUAUUCCACGUAAUGAAGCAGUGCAUUGGGCUGAAUCCGCUCCCUCAACUCUCCACUCUUUGGAUGCAUCCCUGAGUCUUGUAAAUGGAUACAUAAUGUGCCACUACUUUGAGAGCCAGAGCAUUAAGCCCAUUUUCCAGCAUAUACAUUCCUUGUGUAAAUAUGCUGCGCAAUUACCAGGACUUGUAUCGUACAUUAUACACUCUAGCAAGAGGGGGAGUAAAAAUAAUGUGCACAGGAUAAUUCAAGCUGCCCAGGACCGUACUGAAGAGUUUGUCUAUGAUACGUCCGUAAGAUCGAAUUACAAGCUUAUGAAAAAGUCUGGAAUGGUGAAGGAAAAGACAGUUAAAUGCUCAAUAGAUCCUCUAGAGACCCCUCUGGUAUACCCUCAAACUGUGCUUCCUGACUCUGCACAGUUUGGCAACCUAAUGGAACGCAAGUUUAUAAACAGCACAAAAAGGCCGAGCUUACAAGAGUGUUUGUAUACACUGAGAAGCCUUUAUAGAACUCUGCAUAUUUACGCAUCGCUGCAUGGCAUAAAUAAUCUGCCUUUUGAGACCCUUGGGGCGAUUCAAGAUUUUUUAAAGGCCUAUGAUACUGCCAUAGAUCUUCUAGACUCUAAAUUUGAGGCAGAGUACAAGUUUGAACCUGCGAAAAAUACUAGGAAACGCGAGUAUUCAAAAAUUCGAUUAAAUUGGGACCACUUUGUGGAGGACUAUCAAGAGGCGAUACGAAUAUCACAAGAGCCAAAAUAUCGCAAAACCAAUUUGGUAAUGCCUGAUAAUGCUGUGUACAAGCAAUCGCUACAACUUUUUAAUGAUGCAAUGGGAAGAAUUUCAGGAGGAAACACAGGCGUACGCAAAACUCCCAAAUCAUCAGAUAUGCACAUUCAAGUUGCCAGCUCUUUAAAAGCUUGCACAGACCACGAUCUUUACUUUGAAGAACCUGUGGGACCGUAUUUUGUGGAUAUUUUAAUGCGAGUUGGACAAUGA